CCAGGUUGAUGCGAAAAUAGAUAACUCCAGAGAAACAUGUAAAGAUAGUAUUCUUUCCAACUACACAAUAGAAGCCGAGGACUUGGUCUGCUGAGCAAGGAGAGAUGGAAAUUAAAAGAUCGGAUGAGGAGGAAUCAAAAAAAAAAAAAAAAAAAAAAAAAAAAGAUCGGAAAAUGACACAUGACGCAAUAUGAAGGGGUGAAAAUCUUUUUGUAAACCUGCACGGAUUCUAGUUAUACGUGGCACACAAUGGCGAAGCCACUAAGGGACCAGCCAAGCCUCAUUUUUUUUCUCCAUCCAUCUUUUUGCAGUGCAGUUUUCACUUCCCCUCGUUAUUCUAUCAACUUUUCCUUGGGUUAUCUUAUAUUUCAAAAAAAAAAAAAAAAUUCAUACUUACCUUUUACCUCAUAUUCAAGUUUCUGGAUUUGUACAAUGUUUUUAGUUUUCUCUAUUGAAUUUACGGUCCUUCAAUUUUUAUGCAAAUUACUCCAAUCUCUUAUGUUUUGAGUUCAAAUUGCCUAUGUAUGUGAGAGGCCUCACACACAUAAAAUUCCGGCUUUGCCAUUGGUUGCGCAACGUGAGUGAUUAAAAUUUUUUACAGAAAUCUAAAGCAAUAAUACGGUGUGAAGAAUAAAAUAAAAAAAUAAAAAUAUAUAUUUGCGAAUAAUAAUUGACAUAACAAUGCAAAACUCAUAAAGUUGCACAUAAAUAAUCUCUAUUAAUUAAUAAAAUUUUCUGAGCCAAUGGAUUUACUUGGGCGGUGUUAAAGCUUUUGCUGAUGGUUCACUGGGUUCAAAUAGUGCACUGUUUUAUGAGCCAUAUGCUGAUGAGCCUCAUAAUUACGGCUUGCAAGUGACGGAUAAUGAAAGUCUCUUCAACCUGACCUUGGCUUCAGAUAAAGUUGGCCUUCGGGUUGCUAUUCAUGCUAUAGGUGAUAAAGCAAAUGAUUUGAUCCUUAACAUGUAUGAGUCAGUGUUUUCAACAAAUGGAGUAAGGGAUCGAAGAUUCAGGGUGAAAAUAUUUUCUCUGAACGUUGAUUGUUCAAAUAUUGAGCAUGCCCAACAUCUACCACCUGAGACACCAGCCCGAUUUGGUGAACUCGGGAUUGUUGCUUCAGUACAGCCAGAGCACCUAUUAGAUGACGCUGAAUCUGCGACAAAGAAACUUGGGAUAGACAGGGCUCACAAGGGAUCCUACUUAUUCAAGUCACUCUUGGCUGGCAAUGGACAAUUGGCACUUGGUUCUGAUUUUCCGGUCUCGGAUAUUAAUCCUUUAGGUGGUAUUAAGACAGCAAUGAAAAGGAUUCCCCCUGUUUGGGAUACUGCAUGGAUUCCCACUGAAAGACUUUCUCUGAAUGAGGCAUUGAAGGGGUACACUCUUUCAGCAGCUCGUGCAUGCUUUCUUGACAGUGAUUUGGGAUCUCUAUCACCCGGAAAACUGGCAGACUUUGUCAUACUGUCCACGGAUUCGUGGGAUGAUGUCGUAGCUGAAGAAUCUGCAUCAGUUGAAGCAACAUAUGUUGGUGGCGUACAGGCCUAUCCUUAAAAGCGCCAACAUUUUAGGUCGUAAGUGUGCAGAAGAUAUAGUUUGUGAAGGACAACAGGUGUUUGUAUACUUUGUAUAAAGUAUGGUGCGAUUAAAGAUAUGCAUUUGUUUACCAAGUAGUCAUUAAUUUAGUGACAUUUAUCUUUCUAAUAUAUUGAAAGAUACCAAGUUCAACA